AUAGGGGAAACUGACCCUAAAACUUGGGGUGUCUAAUUCUAUGCUCAGUAAAGUAUCAGUCUGGAAGUUUUGUAAACCCCGGGAGCACGUGGAAGAUUUUCGUUUAGCCCCAAAGGCUUCAAGCUUAGAAAAGUUUGUUCCAGAAACUUCCAGUGAUACCAAGUACCAUAAAUGCUAGUGAUUUAGUACAGUUUAUCACUUUAGGUUUGCAGUGAAACAGUAACGAGCAGUAGCAUAUUUUAUCAAUGAUGUGUGUGUGUACUAGUUUGUUGGGCGGGGUGUUUGCUUUCUAGGAAAUAGCACUGAAUUAAAACAUCAGAAAACUUUCCACUGCUCUCUUGUAGAAAAUGAGCUUUGCUGUGUUAAACAGCCAUUCCAGUUUUCAAGUUGUGUUCUUUAGAGAGGCUUCCUGUUAGUUUUGGAUCAUGUCGUGUACUUCUGGCUCAGAGUGAAAACCUGUUUUUCUAAAACUGAACUUAGCGUCGUAAAGAAUUUCAUCAAAUGCAUAUCCACCGAUGUCCUUUUCACCAAAAGUAUCUGUUAGGCAUAUUAUCUUUCUUUGUGAGAUAGCAAAAGAUGGUAAAAGGUCUUCCUGAAAAGUCACUUUAGCCAGGGCAUUUAAUAUCUAAACCAUAGUACUUCCUGGUUGAUAGGUGAAGUGACUAGUUUUCCUGUAAUGCUGCCGGCUAGAAGAACGUUUGGAACUUUUUACUCAAGAUGGCACUGUGUCCUGUAAGUCAGCUGGCCCAUAGUUCCGUCUUCCUUGCAGCCCCUCAGAGCCACCAUUAUAACAACACAGACAUCAGAUCUCCUUCCAUAGAAUAUGUCUCUAAUGGUGGAUCUGUAAAGAAACCAGCCGUGUAGGAGAGGGAGGGGAGGAACCCAGCGGUGAGGUGUGUGCGCCCGAGAACCAUGUCUGCGCGGGAGUCCUUUAACCCGGAAAGUUAUGAAUUGGACAAGAGCUUCCGGUUAACCAGAUUCACUGAACUGAAGGGCACUGGCUGCAAAGUGCCCCAAGAUGUCCUGCAGAAAUUGCUGGAAUCCUUACAGGAGAACCACUUCCAAGAAGAUGAGCAGUUUCUUGGAGCAGUUAUGCCAAGGCUUGGCAUCGGGAUGGAUACCUGUGUCAUUCCUUUGAGGCACGGCGGUCUUUCCUUGGUUCAAACCACAGAUUACAUUUAUCCCAUCGUCGAUGACCCUUACAUGAUGGGCAGGAUAGCCUGUGCCAACGUCCUCAGCGACCUCUACGCCAUGGGGGUCACAGAAUGCGACAACAUGCUGAUGCUCCUUGGAAUCAGCAAUAAGAUGACCGACAGGGAAAGGGAUAAAGUGAUGCCCCUAAUUAUACAGGGUUUUAAAGAUGCAGCAGAGGAGGCCGGAACAUCUGUAACCGGCGGCCAAACAGUGCUAAAUCCCUGGAUUGUUCUAGGAGGUGUGGCUACAACUGUCUGCCAGCCCAACGAAUUUAUCAUGCCAGAUAACGCAGUGCCAGGUGAUGUGCUCGUGUUGACCAAGCCCUUGGGGACGCAGGUGGCUGUGGCCGUGCACCAGUGGCUGGACAUUCCUGAGAAAUGGAAUAAAAUCAAGCUGGUGGUCACCCAGGAGGAUGUGGAGCUGGCGUACCAGGAGGCGAUGAUGAACAUGGCCAGGCUCAACAGGACAGCGGCGGGACUCAUGCACACGUUCAACGCCCACGCGGCCACCGACAUCACGGGCUUCGGGAUCCUGGGCCACGCACAGAACCUGGCCAAGCAGCAGAGGAAUGAGGUGUCCUUUGUGAUUCACAACCUCCCAGUCCUGGCCAAGAUGGCAGCCGUGAGCAAGGCCUGCGGGAACAUGUUUGGUCUCAUGCACGGGACCUGCCCAGAGACAUCAGGAGGCCUUCUAAUCUGUUUACCGCGUGAGCAGGCAGCUCGGUUCUGCGCAGAGAUAAAGUCCCCCAAAUACGGGGAAGGCCACCAGGCGUGGAUUAUUGGGAUCGUGGAGAAGGGUAACCGCACGGCCAGGAUCAUCGACAAACCCCGGAUCAUCGAGGUCGCGCCACAGGUGGCCACCCAGAAUGUGAACCCCACACCUGGUGCCACCUCUUAAUCUAGGCCGAGGCAGCUGUGUGGUUUUGUUUUUAAAUAGCUCUAUUUCCUUUAUCAUCGUUUCAAUUAAAGACUAUAAACAACAAUGAAAAAAAUCUCAUUGUGUCUACACAUCUGGUGACCUUAGGUCGAUUUGUGAGUGGAUGCAAUUAAUCAAAUAAAAUCCAUUGCCUUUUUUUCCCGUUACAUUAACUGAAGAUGCACCUAAUCUUGAGGCAGCUUCUGAGUUAAGAAUUAUAUUGUUAUCCAAUACUGUUGAUUCAUUUUGAAUCUUUAGACACUUAUCUCUCGCCGAGUAGGCUCUUUUUAAAGGUGCUUUCACGUAGCACAGACAUUACCCAUUGUAGUGUCAAAUAGCAGUUUGUGUCUUUUCAUUUUGUGUAUAUUUAUCAUUAUCGGUCUGACCCUUUUUGAAGUGUCUGGAAUGGUAUUCUGGAAAGACAGAAUUGGUGAGUGAGUGACAAAAUGGUAUCCCAGUAGCGAGAGGGUUGCAUGAGUCCUUUGAGUCUUCUAAUUCCAUAGCAUCUCUUUGACCCAAGAGUGCAUUCAGUUAAACCAGGCAAGUGCUUAACUCUGCAUGGGAAGCACUUUGAAGACAAAAAAGAAAUGUUACUUCUUUCAUUUGUAGCCUUCCUAAUACUUACAGUAAUAUUAACUGUUUUCUUUAUCGAUAGCAAAAAAGGACACUUUCUGCAAUGUAAUUAGAUGUUCGAUAGCGCAGCAAGGAAUUGCCCUCCGAAAGGGGGUUCAUGUAUAAUACUCAUUUACAAGUCAACAUAUAAUUAGCUACACAAAUAAUUUUUAAAUAUAAUCAAAAAUAAAGACUGUUCUGUGGAUAGUAGUGUUUAAUACAUUUUAUAUUUUGUAUGGUGAUUUCAGGCCUUUUGAUUUCUUAAAAUCAGCAGCUAUUUAGCCUGAUCCUUAGCAUUAUUUUGUCCUUUGCGCCAGUACUUUUCCGUGCACGCUUCCUGUGAUCUGUGUGGAAACGCGUAUCGCCAGCUGUGCAGCUCGGACUUCCAACUUGUUAUUCAAAUAAAUAUUUAAUUUUUGUUAUUGCUCUUGUAUAAUCAGAUGCCCCUUUUAGUAUUAUUUUAGAAGCAUCGGGAGGGUUUUGGCUAAAAUACAGUUUAUUGGGGGAAAACUAGAUUUUAGUUUUAUAAAACUUUUAAGUCUUUCACGGGACCUAUAUUUUCUUGAGGUAAAUUUUGUAGUUCUAGAACAAAUAGGCAAUCUAAAAAGGUGUUUAUCGGUGUUAACUUAAAAACAGAGGCUUCCGUAUACUUUCCCCUACGGAAUGAGUAGGAGGGGGCUCCUGUCCUCAAGCACAAGUGCACUGAUGCCUCACGCGUCUGCGCUGGAAGCUUCUGAGCACUUCCUGCCUGCAGGCGCCGAAGCCGAGAGAACAGCCAGACUUCUUGCCAAAGGAAACCACCACCUGGGAGGCGAAGCCCUGGAAGAGGCUCCACCCUGGACGCGUCCUUCUUCAGGGGCCAAAGCGCAGCCUCUUCGCACGUGUUACUGGAACUCAAGCCAUAAGUUCGGUGCGCGGGACCGAGGGGCUGCCGCAGAACUGAAAUUAAUUGGACGUUUUAUAGGAAUUGAAACCCAUGUUGGUCCUCAAAAGCUACAAGCAGGUGGUCUGCAAAAUAAAAUGUGUUGGAAACCUGAGUAAGAGAAA